UGAACAGCAGCAUUUUUGACAGUGAGCGAAUGGUUUCCGAGAUGUAAAUAAUAUUAAUAAAAUGUAGCAAAUCUGGGAUUUUUUUGCACAAGAUGGGGACACAGCGUGUCCUCUUUUAUUUUUAUGUGAUAUUAUGUGGGAUCGAGCUGGACUUGAUCGUGAAUUCAGAGAAGAUCCGUUUUGACUAUGUUCAGCUUCUACAACAAAUUCCUCCCGACACCCCCCUACCUUAUGAAAUCAUCUUCCCCAAACGAAUCCUGACGAAAGGGAAGACAGCAGGGAUAUCAACCAGAGAAUCUAAGAUAGGACAUCAUGGAACGUACGAACACAUAGAACAAGUGACAUUUCAGCUUGUGGUAGACGAAGAAACUCACAAAAUCAAACUACAUAGAAAUAGUGCUCUGUUGUCCAAUGGCAUCAGUGUCAAGCAUUACCUUACUAAGAAUCAACAGAUCAUUUCCAAGACUGUAGAACACUGUUACUAUCACGGUGAAGUGAAGCGUGAUGGGUGGUCAAGCGUGGCGGUCAGCACCUGUAAUGGAAUCAGGGGAAUCAUAAACCUGAACAAUGUGACCUACAUUAUACAUCCACUGAAGGGGGAUCUGGGGAUGAGACACCCACACCUUGUCUUUAAAGCUUCUAGAGAAAUCCUAGAGAGCUGUGGGAAUGACUUUGGGCAGUGGAAGCCAUUUGAUCAGCUUCAUCCAGCAGAGUUCAGACAAAGAGUCAGCUAUCUCAGGGCUGUACAGGCUUCUAACCCAGACCAGAAGAAAAAGGAAAGAACCAUCAAGCUGGGGUUGAUACUGGACAAUAAAUCCAUAAAUAAAUUGAACCUUUCACUGACAGGAACCAUUGAUUAUGCCUUACAGACAGUGAAUGCUGUAGAUUUGUAUUAUAGCACAUUAGGGGUCCGAAUGUCUCUAGUUUACUUAGAACUCUGGAAUCGUGGGAACUUGGUGACUGUAUCAUCCAACCUACGAGAGAAUUUAAAGCGCCUGUUGCAGUAUAAGUCCUCAUCUCUAGAAGACAAACCCCACACACUGCUACAUCUUGUUACUGGAGAGAGUCUACAGAACAACUCAAUGGGGAUGUCUGUUCCAGACUCUGUGUGUACUGAUAGGGCAGUCGGGAUCAGUAAGAAUCCCUCCUUCACGGAGCCCCAGAAAUUGGCCUCUGUUCUUUCUCACAUGAUUGGACACAAUUUAGGACUCAAGCAUGAUGAAGAUGGUGGCUGUUCCUGUGAAGAUGAAUUUGGCUGUAUAAUGUCUACACAUGUUCUGACAAAAACAGGACUCCAGGCUCGUAAGUUUUCCUCCUGUAGUCGUGAAGAUCUGGAGGUGGCUCUGAGUGUAGACGUGGCUUCUUGUCUGGAUACUCAGCCAGAGAAAGAGGAGACAUUUAAACAGAAGUGUGGAAACCUGAUUGUAGAGAGAGGUGAAGAAUGUGACUGUGGGUCAGCAGAGCAAUGUCACAUGACAGACCCUUGUUGUGAUCCAGACACUUGUUUCCUCAAAUCCUGGGCCCAGUGUAAAAGUGGAACCUGCUGUCACAACUGUACAUUUUUGCCAAGUCAUUAUGUUUGUCGGGACCAGUCCACAGAUUGUGAUGUCCCAGAGAUGUGUCCUGGAAACAGUGGGGAGUGCCCAGUCAAUAACUAUGUUGCCGAUGGUUACCCAUGUUCCAACAACACUGGGUACUGCAUCAGUGGAAUCUGCCCCACCCUCAGGGAACAGUGUCAGUAUAUCUGGGGGAAGGAUUCAUCGGGAGCGGACCUGCAAUGCUUCGAGAAGUUUAACCCCACAGGGAAUUUUAAUGGUCACUGUGGCAGGAAUGAAGAGACAGGAUGGUUCUCCAAAUGUCUGCCAGAGAACAUUCAGUGUGGUUUGUUACAUUGUGAAGGAGGACAUAAACUUCCUCUUCUGAACUUUGACAAAAGUUUCUCCAAAACAACCGUCUUCAGCAACGGCAAGGAGUAUGACUGCAAGGCUAUUUAUGGACCAGCUGUGAUGUCAUUGCCUCACUUUGGAUUGGUACAGGAAGGUACGAAAUGUGGGGAGGGCAAAGUUUGCCGCAACAAACAGUGUAUCACCAUGCCGACAGUUCCCAGCAUGCUCUGUCCUGGAUCUAAAGGGAAUGUGGCUUGUUCUGGAAAUGGGGUUUGUACAAAGACUGGAGCCUGUUUCUGUCACCAAGGAUGGACCGGUCAGAACUGCUCUUUACUGGCACCUAUCACCAUGACAACAGGAGUGUGGUCCCUGACCAGCACCGCUAAGACAACUGUGGCUCCCAGCACCACCACCACAAUCACAGAGAAGCCCCCAGUGGUGGUUCCCUUGGUAACCCCUGAUGAUGCGGUCCCUGCUGUGUAUGUUGCAGAGGAUGAAGGCCUAAGUACCCAGUGGUUGAUGGUUAUACUGGGAGGAGUUGUCCUCAGUCUCGUGUUGUUCCUUCUUUUAACCUUCCUCUGUUAUAGGAGGAAGACCCCAGUCAAACUGGGCGGAGCUAAGAAGGGUUUCUUUGGAUUUAAAAAGAAGUUCAAGGGAGAGCACUCUGAAAACAAGACAAAGAACCUUAAAUUUGGAUCCAUGCCUUCAUACAAGUCAGACGGAUUCUUUGGUCGGAGGAAAAAGAAAUCCUUGGCCAGUGAAGAGGAGAGUGAUUUAGAAUUACCUCCCCCUCCCAUUAUUGUGUGUGACCCGGACAGUGCGAGACCAGAACGUGGCAUCCUCAAGAACCUCCAAGUGCGAGGCAGUUCUGAUGAGCGACGGUCAAGCAGUUCCCAGACCGAGCGCUCUGAAUCGACGUGUGACCACGACGACAGGGAAGCUUACGAAGAGGAAGACGACGCCGAGGCCACAGAGGUCAGGGACAUUCUGAGUCGUCUCCAUGCCAAUGACCCCUAUGACCCUGAGAAGUCCAUGGAGAUGUUGGAUCAGUUGGCAGAGGAGACAUCAAGCUUUGACUUUAUCCUCCCCAACCCAGGACUAGGAAGUACCAGAUCCGAGUCCCCUCGAAAGAAUCAAACAUAUGAUUUCCCAGUAAGUGGAGCCAAGAGGCCUACUUUGUGGAAGAACAGCCCCAAAGUCUCACCACCAAAGUCAAAGAUUGUUCGUAUGAAUUUCAGUGAACUGAUGCAGGAAAUAGACAGGCACCGCACAGUGGAGUUAUCUCCCUCUCCAGACGAACUCACCGUUCAAGUAUCACCCACCACAUCCGAAGAAAUCAGGAGCUCUUCUACAGAUGAGCGAGCAUAUAACACGGGUCAGAGUCCUCAGUCUGUAACCAGCGGCAGUACCCGAGACACAUACCAGCCCUUCCCUCUCAGUCACUGGACCAAGCUUAGCUCCACCCCCCUGUACGACAUCGACUCCUCUAUGCCUAAUAUCCCACCACCAAUGUCUCCUUUACAUCUACGCAGCAUCAACUUCUCCAACAUAGGAGUGUUGAAUCGAGACUUUAAUGACACCCCGCUCGGCAGUCAGUUAGAUGGCUGUUCAACUAAUGGCACAGCUAACUCCCGUUGUGGAUAUGAGAAGAGCUCGGGGUAUGGCAGUGAACACGAUCCUGCUGAGAGGUUCAGCCUGGACGAGGCCUCGGGUCCAGGUUCUCGGGCCGCCUCUGCAUCACCUCCAGCUUACAGUGCUGUGCUACGUAGCGGGCCUCACCAAAUCAAAUUACUUCCAGUUCGCCGACUUCACGAGGGUGGACUUGAUGAUCAUCAGAGUCUUCAGCGUCUGCUACAGGAACUACCGAGGAUUGACGCCGGGGCUUAUGAACGUAGCCCCCUAGUCAACUCAGUACAGGAGGUCAGUAAAACAGGGGGAAGUGAGGGAAAAUAUAUGAAGGAGGAUGUGAACUUAACAAAGGAGGGAACACAUGAAGGUAGCCCCCUCCUCACAAACUCUGAUGUCUCCUAUGUAGGUCAAAGUGACAUCAGUGGGGGAAUUAACAUGGAGGAAAGCUUUCCUCUGAUUGGCUACUCAGAAGACCUAGAGGAAAAACUAGGUCACCUCAUCCAGAAAGAGACACUGGAUAUGGACACGGGAUUACAGCAUUGUGACAAUCAGAAAGACUCAGAUUCUCACCAGAAGGUGAAAUCAAAUGACCUUCAAGGCCAGAUCAAUGACCUUGACCUAGAUAGUGCUCCCUGCAUUGACUGCAGUCUAGAGUCAAUUCCUCACACAAUGAAACAGUGCAGAAAGGUCACAAGAGUUAAGGAUGGAAAAAGACCAGAUACUGUAAAGAACGACCCUACAGAAUCUGUUACCAUGACAACACAAAUGUUACCUGUUUAGAAACGGAAUGUUUAAGAUUGACUGAUUUUUGUGUUUUGUAUUAUUUGGAUCUCAUUUUUAAUUUAUUUUACAUGUAUGUGUUUUGUUUUUUAUGUUGAUCGACUGUUUAUUUUUAUUAGAUCUGAUAUUUUUCAUCAGAUAGUUUAUAUUGCGUAGUUUGUUUUUGUCAGAAUAGUGGACUUGUAUUUGAUAGAUUUAUGUAGAAAAAUUUAAUGCUAGUGGUUGUGAGACCAAAUUUACUGUUGAAUAUUUUAUUUUCAUUAAAAUUGUAUGAUUUUUAAGGUUGUUUGACCCCUGUUUUUUACGAAAUUUUUUAUCUUUUAAAUAUUUUAAGUUUGUGUGAUGUUAAAGAUCUGUGCAAUAUGUAUACUACAUUAUAACAUCAGCCUAUAUAUAUAUAUAUAUAUAUAUAUGUCAUUGAUCAUUUUAACUAAAUAGAACAGCUGAUUUAUUUACACAUAGUUUACCUAAAAAUAUUUAUAAGGGAUUAUUUAUACUUAUCCAAACUGUUCAUAUGUGUAAUGGUUAUUUUUUUGCAAACAAGUUAAUAUCUUGUGCUAUUUACAUUGGUGAAAAGUGUAGAUAGGUUUAACCCUGUGUAACAGGUGCUUGCUAUAGCUGUAGGAAUCAAUGUCUAUUCUCUUUUUAAGUGUAAGAAAAGGUUGUACAGCCAGAAAAUGCUUCAUAUAUAUCAUGACUUAUUUUAAUUGUAAUUAGCAAUCAUCAGUCAAUAGAGAAUUAUCAGCUAUUUAUGUUAAAAAAUCACUUAUCAUCUCUGUUUAUCAUCUAUUUAUCAUCACUUCAUUGAAUAUUAACUAUUUACCUUUAUACCUCCAUGAUCAUCUCAUGUGGCAUUAAUUCAUGUCUGUAUUGUCAUGUGACAUUAAUACAUGUCUGUAUCAUCAUGUGACAUUGAUAUAUGUCUGUAUCAUCAUGUGACAUUGAUAUAUGUCUGUAUCAUCAUGUGACAAUGAUUCGUGUCUUAUAUAUCAUCUGUAAAUAUCUGUAUCAUCAUAUGGCAUUGAUUCA